AAAUCGCGAUAAGCAACUGUCAAAGUGGUGCACAUAAGAAAAUCGAUAGGUACUCGUAAACAUUCCUUUAGUCUAUUUACAGAUAUUUUAUGUUUGCACCUUUUCACAAUUAAUUUGUUCACCUGUAAAUGAAGUGCUAGUGUGUGUUUUUCUUUUAAAACACUUUUUCUGUGCUUUUUCUAAUGUUGCAAGAUGCAAAAUUCACAAACUAACACAGGCAGGCAAGCCAGACAACAACAGCAGCAACCGUAUCAGCAGGGACACUCGCAUCAUCAUCACCAUUAUACAGAAAACAACAAAUCACCAUCGUCUAUACCGCCCAAUUCGUUAGCGAUCUCCAAGUCAUAUGUACCCGCACCAGCUUCAACCACUUCAGAUGAUACUGACUUUCAUGAAUCGGAUGCACGUUAUGAAUGUGCUAUUUGCAUACAUUGGCUUAAUGAACCAGUGAUCACCACUUGCGGUCAUCGGUUUUGCAAAUCUUGCUUAACGAAAUGGCUUAAUAAUCACAAUCAGUGUCCACUGGACAAUACAGAGCUUUCUAUUGACCAUGAUAUUUUUCCGGAUAAUUUCACUAGACGUGAAAUAGAACAAAUCAAACACAAAUGUCCUAAUUCGCCAUUGGGUUGUGCAGUAGUGGCAUCGCCCAUAGAAGUGGAUCGACAUUUGCCGACCUGUCCAUACAGAAGACUAGAGAACGCCGAAGAAAAGUGCCCAUUCGCCAGCAUAAAAUGUGACUUUGUUGGGCGCCCUGAAACCAACGCACUCGAAGAGCAUCUUAAAGAAGACAUGCCACAUCAUAUGCAAUUAAUGUUGCAAGCUUUCCAACAAACAGCCAUUUCCACUUGGAAUCCACAAAAACCAACAACUGCGAGUGGUGCGAAGGUAAAUGGUGUACUACCACCACCACCGCCACAAUACGCAAACGAGGCAGACGAACAACUCAUACAAACGAUGUACCAACGUAUUGUAGUGCUGGAGCAACGCGUACGCGAGCAAGAUGUAAAAUUGGAAAAUCUUACAAAGCAAUUGGCUAGUCGUCAACAAAUCGAUCCACGCUAUAGUAAUGGCACAAUUGUAUGGGAAAUAACAAAUUUCCGCAAUGUGGUGGAGCAAUUGCGUGCCGAUGCCAAUAAUCUACUUUAUUCACGUGAUUUUUACACCUCGCCGCAUGGCUAUCGGUUUUGUGCGCGCGUGAACAUACAGCCACGACACUUGAACUUAUUGAGUUUACAUGUACAUUUAAUGCAAUCCGAAAACGAUUACCAUUUGGAUUGGCCUUUUAAUGGACGCAUCAAACUGUGCAUGAUACAUCCAACAGAUGCCAAUCUUUCGCAACACGAUACAAUUAUGACAAAGCCCGAAGUCAUGGCCUUCCAUAAACCACGGGAGCACAUAAGUACGCGUGGAUUUGGUUUUGUAGAAUAUGCUAAGAUAGCGGAUGUCAUGCAUAAAGGCUUCUGUGAAGAUGACAAGCUGGUAAUCAAAAUACAAAUUAAUAUAGUUUAAAGUUAGUGAAGAGAAUAUUGUGGCAAAGUAACUGAGUACUCCACAAAUGGUGAGCGAGGUUUAAUGCGGGUCCGUAAAUCCAAAUCACUAUUUCUAGUUUCAUUGAAAAAUUAUGUACUCGUAAUAUUUGGAAAAAAAAACUUUCGGAGUUUAAACGCAUUUAACAAGUAUACAACUCAUAUAUGUAUGUAUAUAUACGAGUAUAAAGUGAGAAUUUACAAAAAAUGUAUCAAAAUCAAAUAUUUAUAUGUAAUAUAAAUAGGCAUAUAUGUACAUAACUAUGUGCAUACAGACAUGUACUGUUAUUCGGUCCUAUGUACGAAUCAAAUAUUUCGUGAGCUGCGAUUUUAAUAGCGCUAUUUAUACGCUGGUGUCAGUAUUAGGUGAUAUAACACAUUUUAAUUAAACUGAGCUACAAUUAUUUGGCACUACACACUUAAAAAAAAUAAUGUCACAGUUAAUCCACUUAUUUGUACAAUUUAAUUUGAAAAAUAUACGUAAAUAUUAUACCGUAUUUUAUAUAAGUUGCUAAAUAUUUGUGUAUGUAUGGUGUUGUGUUAUUAAGUUGUAUAUAGUAGCCUUUUUAUAUUAUAUUUUAUACUAAUUUAUUGUUACAAUUUUUUAAUCCCUUCAGCAAAAGUAUAUAUAAUACAUACAUACAUGUACACAUAUAUAUACAUAUAAAUACUUGAUAAAAAUACAUAUAUAAUUGUACUUAUAGUUGUAAAACAUUUUUAGAUGGUAUGUUGCCCUUUUUGGGUUUUUGUACGGCAACUGAAAUCGCUCCAAAUUAUAUACAAAAACUAAAGUAUAACUGCAAUACUGAAGGUAUUUGCUAUACGAUAUUAUAAAAUAUACAUAUGAAUAAAUAUUAAAAUUAUAAAAAAAGAAAUUAUAAAUUCAAA